AUGGAAAGCUGGAUGAUCCCCUUUUUCAGUGCUCUGGCGGAAGCGGAGGUUUGGAUCCCUGAAAAGACGAAGGAACUCUUGACGAUCUUAGAAGAAUACCUGCCGAAGGUCAUUGAGGUGUCUCGGAAUUUCCCCAACACCACGGGUGCCCAAACGUUGCUGAUGCGGGUCAUGGACGCGCUGCUCUUCAUCGAGGAGCCGGCCAACGAGGAGUUCAAGCGGAAUGCGCACGCUGUGCGGGAGCGCUGCACCAACGUGCAACGUGAGCGCCUGGACUUUUUGCUCGAGUCGGUGGAUGCUUGGCUUCCCUUCCUCCACAGCAGCGAAGCGAAUACGCAGCUCUACAGGGACUGCCAGUUCCUGCUGCUCCUCUUGCGAGCAGUGCACCUCCGCCGCAUCCUGCAGAUUGGAGGAUCUAGCCAGUCAUUGAAAGAGAAGCUGGAGACG